AUGCUGACGCGCACCGGCCUACUCGCACGCACUCACUCUAGACCCUUUGCUACCAUGGUGCAAAACACCUCCCGGACAUUCACCCUCAACGACGGCCGGUCCAUCCCGGCUGUCGGCCUCGGCACGUGGCAGUCCAAGCCCAACGAGGUCCGCGACGCCGUCAAGUUUGCCCUCCAGCAUGGCUACCGGCACGUCGACACGGCCCUCAACUACGGCAACGAAAAGGAGGUCGGCGAGGGCAUCCGCCAGUCGGGUGUCGCCCGCGAGCAGAUCUGGGUGACGACCAAGCUGGACAAUCCCUGGCACCAUCGGGUGGCCGAGGGCUUUGAGAAGUCGCUGAGCGAUCUCGACAUUGGCUACAUUGACUUGUUUUUGAUGCAUUUCCCCUGCUCGACAGACCCCGACGAUGCCACCAAACAUCUCCCCGACUGGGACUAUGUCAAGACGUGGCAAGAAAUGCAGAAGCUGGUGGACGCGGGCAAGGUCAAGUCCAUUGGCGUAUCCAACUUCCAGAUUCGCCAUCUCGAGAAGCUGCUGGGAGAUCCGAGCUGCAAGAUCGUGCCGGCCGUGAACCAGAUUGAGGUAUGUGUCUCUCGUGACGGUAUAACGACCCAGACGGGACCCAAGCUAACAAGGCAAUGGCAGCUUCAUCCGUGCAACCCUUCUCCAAAACUCCUCGACUUUUGCACAUCAAAAGGCAUCCACUGCACCGCCUACUCGUGUCUCGGCGGCACGGCCGGAUCGCCCAUCAACAACUCGGGCCCGCUCAUGGACGAGCCGGCCAUUGUCGAGAUUGCCGCGGCCAAGGGCAAGACGCCGCAACAAAUCGUCCUCAUGUGGGGCCUGCAGCGCGGCACCAGCAUCAUCCCCAAGAGCGUCACGCCGGCCCGCAUCGAGCAGAACUUUGCGCUCGACGGCUGGUCGCUAGCACAGGCGGACAUGGACCGCAUCAGUGCCGUCAAGGGCCGCUUCAAGGUGGUGCAGGACGCCUGGAUGCCAAUCCGUGUGUUCUUUGGCGACGACGAGUAG